UGAAGAGUCGCUACACUAUUAACGAUGGCUAGAUUGCGCAAUCUAUAGUGUGCACACGUGAGAACCACUUCACGUUAAUAUGAUGCAACGAUUGCUUAAUAGGUGAUGCUAAUCUGCUGUAUCACUCUGUAGUGGAAACAGUGGCCCACAGUGGCACACUCAUAUUCCUAAUGACAAUCAUUAGUGUUUUUCUCCACUUCACAAAUCACCUUACCUCAGAGUUCAUUGUUUGAAUUUUUGAAGUUUUCCGUCAGAUGGCGCUAGUAUCGGAUGCCGCUAGUACAGCUAUAUAGUAAUGAAAGAGGUUGGAAUAGGAAUACAUAAAAGGUCCACCAUCUUCUUCUUCUUCUUGAAUUUCUUUGUGUAUAAACUUACACAGUCAUGUCAGCGUAAUACUUGCUUUCUGAACUUAUUUGUACUAGAUAACCGAAUAGACACUUUUGCUCGGGACAGUUGUCCAGAUGGGGAUCAAACAAUGUCCAGCCUUUGCCGAGACCUAGCGCAUGUACAACUAGGUCGCCUCAAGAUCGUUACACAAAUAGUUAAUAUAAUCAUUAAGAAUCGAGCAAAGAAUCGUUAAUAUUCAAUACUGAUCUUCAAUGCCAACUAAAAGCGCAUUACAAUGGCUGACACACCGGAAAAGGUUCCCCUGGAGGAGAAGCAGCAGCAACCGCCGGCCAACCCCUUAUACCCUACCCUCGGCCAAGAGGCGGCCAAUCCAUUGCUACCGCAGACCAAUCCACAAGGGUAUCCAAUGGCACCAAUGGCUACUGGACCACCAGCCCCGCCCGGUUACAUGCCGGUGCCGCAGAUGGCCGGCAUGCCGAUCAUGACGCAGCCAGGCGUCAUGCAGAUGCAGCCCGUGCUCGGUCAGCAGCAAGUCACUGGAUGGAUGCCUAUACCACAGGGCAUUCCCAACUGUCCGCCUGGCUUGGAAUACCUGACAGCAGUUGAUCAGCUGCUGGUGCACCAGCAGGUCGAGCUGCUGGAAGCCUUCACCGGGUUCGAGACGGCCAACAAGUACACGGUGAAGAACACGCUCGGCCAGAAGGUGUACUGGGCGGUGGAGGACACGACCUGCUGCACGCGCAUGUGCUGCGGCCCGGACCGCCCGUUCGACAUCAAGAUCAUGGACAACUUCCAGAACGAGGUGCUGCAUCUGCGCCGCGAUCUGCGCUGCAAGUCCUGCUGCUUUCCGUGCUGUCUGCAGAAGCUGGAGGUGUCGGCACCGCCCGGCAACGUGAUCGGCACGGUAGUGCAGAAGUGGAGCCUCUGCCGGCCCGUCUUUGACAUACGCGACCGCAACAACGAAACGGUGCUAACGAUCCGUGGCCCGGUGUGCCAGUGUCCGUGUAGCGAUAUCAAGUUUGCCGUGUUCACCAAGGAUGGUACCGAGGUCGGUAAGGUGACGAAGCAGUGGACCGGCUUCGUGCAGGAACACUUUACCGAUGCGGACAACUUUGGCAUCAACUUCCCGAUGGAUCUAGACGUGAGGGUGAAGGCCACCAUGCUCGGAGCACUGUUUUUGAUUGACUACAUGUACUUUGAGAGCAGCGACAACAAGAAAGUACGCCGUUAAACGGUCAGUUUGAGUUGGGAUGUUUUGUUUUUCUGUAACAACUCUUUGCUAUGCUGCGGAGCCUUACAAUUUAACUCGCCAAACCUCAACAAAAGGACUCUGAUGAGAUUUAACUACAAUUUUGCAUUUACAAUUCAGGUAUUUAAAUAUUGCCUUACCGUACCGUGCCGUAGAUGAGAGUGGAGUGGAUUGAUGUAACGAUAAAUCUCAGGAAAACUUAACAUUUGAUGCAGAUAAAGGUAGAUGAUAUACAAUUCGUAGGUGCCACAAAGUGAAAGAUAUAUUUUGAAGAGAAGGCUCUACUUCGGGAUGACUUUUUUUUUAUAAAAUAUCACUUGAUGAUCAAUGUGAAGUUUCAACUUUUUUAUUUCCUUCUCUGUAUGAGCUAAGCUACAGUCAGAGAUUUAAUGAUUUACGAAAUCAACAAUUUACAGUUACUGCACAAUAAUAUCGCUUAAAUUGUAUUGUUUACUAGGAUAGGGAAAAUAAAUACUCGAACGCGCAACCAGAAUGAUUAGAAGGGGAUAGCAGCAUUACUGCUCGUAAUCUCUCCGAUACAGUAAAACAUCGAUUUGAUCUUCUAUUCAGACAGAAAUCCUUAAAAUUCGUAAAAAAAUGAAAUAAACGGAACUUUACACCUUACCUAACAGUGCCAACACAGAGACACACUGCCAACAGGAUUGUUUGUUGUUGUUGGGACAGGGAUUCUAAUGAGAUUAGAUUCGAGAGCAGCUUGAAGUGUUUACAACAAAUGUACAACUUUCUUGUCAAGGCACAUGUUCCGUUCCUACUAACGAUGUUGUAAUAUGAAAGAAAAAAAAAAUCAAUAAAACACCACUUGGUACUUAA